UAUUUUUCGUCGCGCAUGCACACAGCUGGCGGAUAUCGACCUGCGAGACACACCAGGGAAGGAACGCAAAGCAUCAAGCAAGCAAACAAGGCUGGCUCACUCGCUUGUGCACCCCUCUUGCGAUCUGCAGAAGCGCAGGGAUCCAGCCACUGUUUGGGCUUUGCACAAAGUGAUAUUGUGACAAACGCAGAAGCAGGCCACCGAACAGACGUGUCUUGUUGUUUGCUUGCACUCUGCUGUUGCCGUUGAGUUUGCAUUUGUGGCCCUUUGUUAGCUUGCCGCUCCAACGAUUGCACGCCACCAUGUUCUGGGAAGAGCUGCAGUUGCACACGGCGUCCAACCUGGACGAGGUGUUUGAGCGUGAGAGUUUCACGCUGGAAGACCUUCUCGAACACGAGGCCAUGCUGCAAGAGUACCGCACAAAUAACCUGAACCUCGUGGAGUUCUUGGCGAAGGACGAGAGCAUCGAGAAGAUGAUCAACUACAUCACACAAGAGCCAACGCACGACAUGGACGAGAAGACACGCUUCAAGUAUCCCGACCUUGCCGCGGAAGUGCUGAGCGCAGACGUGUCGCCAACGGUGGUUGAUGCACUGAUGAAGGAGCAGCACCAGCAGAAGCUUUGGGCGUUUCUUCAGCAGGACGGCGAGCUGCACCCGCUGCUGACCAGCUUUGUAUCCAAGGUCCUCCAGUCCCUCUUCUCAAGCAAGACCGAAGAGAUGACGACGCACCUGAAGGAGCACCCGGAGCUGCUUGAGGCCGCGUGGAAGCACAUCAAGCUCCCCGCCAUCGCCACGUUUGUGCUGAAUCUUGCGACGUCGGACUACGAGCUUCAGUCGUGGCUGGCAGACGCGUUCGAUCUCGUCGGCAAGGCGCUGGCUGAGCUCGACCCUGCGCACCAGCGGCCCCGCAGCGAGCUCGCAAACGUCGAGUUUGUGCUGCAGGAGAUUGUGUACAGCGCGCGGCGUGACGGUAUCGAUGAUAUGCACGACGCGAGCGACCAGGUGCACGUGGGCAACCCGCUGCUGUCCAUGCUGCUGCGGCAGGACACCAUCACGCAGCUGCUGCAGCACACGUUUGGCGGGCAUGAGCCGUCGCAGGAGGCCGGCAUGAGCAUCCUGUAUGCGGUGCUGACACACCCGCCCCGAUACGAAGAUGAGCCCGAGCCCUCGGACGACGACAACGCACGCCUGCAGCAGGAGCUUGCCACCGUGUACCCCGCUGUCGUGCCCUUUAUUGAGAAGUUCGACGCAACCGUCCACAACACAGACGGUGCCGGGGCGAUUACGACGGCCUCUGGCACGACGCACCGGUUUGGAAGCGUUCGGCUGUCUGCUCUGCGCAUCAUCGCAGUCCUCUUCCGCGCAGACAACGACGCCGUGCUGGGGCGGCUGAUGGAGCUCAACACGCUCGCCACGUGCCUGGCGCUGUUUGAGAAGUACCCGAACAACAACUUCCUGCACAGCGAAGUGUUUUCUAUCCUGCAGCACUGCCUGAAGCAGCUGCCCGAGAUUGAGACCAGCCCGCUCGACCGAAGGCUCGUCCACGCACUCAAGGACGAAGGGCUGACGAAGACGCUUGUGCAGCUGUGGCGCUUCAACAAGAAGGAGGAGGCGGCAGAGGGCGGCCACCGCCUCGGGUACAUGGGUUACUACACGCUCGUCGCCAAGAUGGUGCAGCAGCUCGAGAACAGGAACCACCCCGAGCUCAACGCCAUGCUGUUCCCGGAUGAGGACGUGCGACAGGAGUGGAACGCCAUCAAGGAGGAGCUCGCCCCGGCCAUCGCACUCUUUGAACGCCCGCUCGGCGGGGAGAAACCGACCGGGUAUGAGAUGGACAGUGACGACGAUUUCUUCGUGCCGCCGGCGCUCAUGGGCAUGAUGCAGCAGAUGAACAGCGCAGACAACGACUUUGACAGCUCCGACUACGGCGACGACUACUACUCUAAGCAGCUCACCCCGCCCAUCCCAACAGACCUCAUGGGACAGGACGAGUCUGACGAGGUGCUGUCGCGCGCGUUCAACCCGCGGAUUGACCUUGGCUUUGGCGAGGAGGGCGUGUUUGCUGCCGGCAUCCACAUUGACAGCGCACUGGAGAACGACUACGAGGGCGACGCGAUGGACGACACGCAAGAGUGGCGCAUCCAAGCCAUUGGUGACGACACCGCAACAACAGCCGCCACAAGCGCUGAUGGUGCUGAUGCUGCUGAUGGUGCUGAUGCUGCUGAUGGCGCAGGUGUGGUCGAGAGCGGUGCAGCGAUGAACACGAGCACAGACUCGUCGACGUCAUCGGAGGGCGACGACGUCAACACCGCCACCGCCACCGCCACUGCUGGCAGCGGCAGCGCACACCCGGCCGUCAUGUCCUCGUCUGAUGAUGACGACGAUGCUGUUGAUGAUGCAGAGACGGCCGCUGCGGGCGAACAGGUGACACCGGGUGAUGAUGGCGAUGCCGGCGACGAUGAGGGUGAAGAUGAGGAGGAUGCUGAAUGGGAGACACGUGCCAUUGACACAUCCACGGAAGCGACAGAGCAACAGCAGCAGCAGGAGGAGGAGGAGGAGGAGGAGGAGGGCGUUGAAUUUCCCGAGCGCGACAGCGACGACAGCGAUGACAGCGACAACGAAAACCGGAGCGGGUCGUACGACUUUACACAGACGCCGCCAUCACCUCGAAAACCGGUGGACGUGCCGCUGUCCCCACGCAGUGCGCAGGCGGUCAGGCACAUCAGCCCAACACACAGCGACCGCGUCUCAAGCAGCCCCAUCUCGUCCUCCCCGAACGUAUCGGGGAUUGACUCGUUUCGCUCCAACGGCGAAGAAAGCAAAGACGACGCCCACAACAGCAGCAGCGACAGCAGCAGCAGCGAUGAGGCAGGCGACGACACCGACAACGGACGACAGGGGGACAGCAGUGCAUCCACCGCAACAGCAGGAGGGAGUGACGAUGCCGACACGCAGGCGGCGGUGGAGGCGGCCAGCGGAGCGCAAGACGUGACGGCUGCACAAGCAGGCGACGACAACGGCUCUGAGGCGCAGGGGUUCGUCGGGGAAUCACCAAGUGGACGGAGAAGGGGGAAGCGGUCGCUGCCGACGACGCCGACCAAGACCGUCUCUUCCCCAUCGCCGUUCUCGCCAGAAUCAUCCGCGUAGUCGCAGCCAAUAUGUGUGUGUGUGUGUUCAAGACAACGCAAUGGGGAACAAGAUAAUGGCGCAAGCACGAUCCUCGCUCUUGUUCCAAUGUCUCCCAAAGCCGUGUCCCUUCUGGCCUGUUUUCGCAUAGCGUAGCCCAGUGUGCAUUGCUUGUCGCUAUUCGUUGCUGUUCUUUCUGCGUCAUUUUCUUGCGUGCCUUUGCUGGCGUCCAUGGGUGUACAUCGUUGUAUGUGCACGUGCGUGUGUGUGUGUGUGUGUGUUGGCUCAUAAUUGCUUUUUCACAUUUUUCUUUCUGCAAGUGCUGGAACGUUCGUGCCACUUGUUCAUGUGCGCAACUUUGAUUGGUUGUUGUGAUUGUGCGUGCUUGCGUGUGUGUGUCUGUGUGUGUGUGUGUGUCCGUCUGUUCCAUUAGCCCUUACUUCAUUUCUUCCGUCGCUGCCUGUUGCGUUGCCUCGUGCUUCCUCUCAUGUUUCUCUGUCUCUGUUGUCAUGUCGUUACAAUCCCACGCUGUGUUUGCUUUAACAUACACCGUUCCUGUCCAA